AUGUUCGGCAACGGAAUCUUCUCUUGGUUCUCCUCUUCCAAGGAGGAAUGUAACCACGCUACCUGGGAUGCCACAACCGUCCAGACCCAGCAGCCCACUGCCAUCGAGGCUCCCUCCACCAACGAGGUCAUCUCUGAGCAGCCUGUAUUUGCGCCGGUAUCGCUUGCUUCGAGUGCUGCGAGUGCUGCUGCUAAACGCCUCACUAUUCUCGCUGGAUUGAUCACAAUGAUCCCUUAG